AGCAACAUUACAGUAAGAACCAAAAAGAACAACAUGACAUCAGGGACCAACAAGAACUACAUGACAGCAGGAGCCAACAAGAACGCCGUUUCAGUAGGGACCAAGAACAGCAUCACAUCAGGGACCGACAAGAACAACAUCACAUCAGGGAUCAACAAGAACAUUACAGUAGGGACCAAGAACAUCUCAUCAGGGACCGACAUGAACUACAUGACAUCAGGGAUCAACAAGAACCACAUUACAGUAGUGACCAAGAACAUUACACCAGGGACCAACAAGAACUACAUGAAAUCAGGGACCAACAAGAACGACAUUACAGUAGGGACCAAGAAAAACAACAUCACAUCAGGGACCGACAAGAACCACAUUACAGUUGGGACCAACAAGAACGACGUGACAUCAGGGAUCAACGUACCAGACGUGAUCAACAUAACCCCUGCAGCCCACCCUAUCACACUGGCAGGGAUGAACGCCUCCAAAUGCAGCUAGAACCAAAGGAUCAUAGUUUCCCCAUGGAUACAGCUAGGUUCCAGAAACGUGUUCUCCAACUGCUGUUAGAUAUGAGGGAUGAGAUGAGAGAUGUGAAGCACGAGGUGAGAGAUGUGAAAUCUGUCGACCGUGUUAGCUCAUUUAGUGACAGUGGUAUAGACCUGACUAUCAAGCGGAGUAACACCUUAGAAGAACUUCAAACUGUAGAAAGGGAUUUGGAAAAUGCCACUUAUUUUCAAGAAAUGUAUAGUAAGUGUAUUCGCAUAGGUGGUAUGAAUAAGAAGGAUAUGGUAUCAAAGUUGCUGUGUAGUUUCAUGAGCAAAAGCCUUCUUUGCAAAUAUAAUAUGCAGGGUCAAAGGGCCAAAAUUGCAUUUAAAAACACAAAGCUGUGUACUCUCAUUCGAGACAGUGUGCUUCAGAAAUUCACGGAUUCUAGUGCAGCUGAAGUAAUUCAUAUAAUUGCAACAAAACUGCGCAACGCCCCCAAAAUGAAGGAAACUGUUGAGUAGAUACUUUUGUUUGCUUCGACAGCACAUCAGCUUCACAGUUCAGCCCCAGACCCAAACAGAGUAGCCAGUAAUAAUGCUUUUUAAGUCAGCUUAUUCAUUAACCAUGCUUAUGCAUUAUAUGUUGCAAAGAAGAUUAGUAAUUGCAUGUUAUUCAAUAUCAUGCAUCUCCAGAGAAGAUUAUUAAGAGAUGACAAUGUUUUUCCUACUUUCAUAAAUCACUCUACUUAUGUAUUUUAGGUAUUUUAAAACAAUUGCAAGGCCAUUGAUAUUGUU